AUGAGCUUCUCUCGAACGGAUGAAUACAGCACCAAAGCCACUAGCCAAUACCUCAGUGCUAGAACUAAGAUCAUUAGUUCUGCUACCGCCUCCAACAUUGGCUUUGGACAAACUGACCAAGUUGACAAGAAGUGGUUUAGUUUCAGCAACGCUGUUGCUUGCGAUAUCCUCUUGAACCUGAAGAUGGAAAGCCAAGCAUUCUUAGUAAUCUGCAUUAGCCCCAUGCUUGUCGCACUCGGUAUCACCACUCUUACGCCGGUUUCAGAGUUCAUAUUUUGGUUUCAGGACGCUGUCUCCACAUCUACCAUGAGCACUCACUUCCGCGGCGAAUCGAUUACUGUUAAGCCCUCUCUAAUUGACAAUAAUAAUAGCAAGAUAUGCUACACUAAGGAAGGUCACUGGAAGACUUUGGCAUAG